AUUCGGAUGUCAUUUAUCUACGAGUUCUCGGAAGCUCCAUAGUUGUCCUUAACUCAGCCAAGGCUGUGUUCGAGCUAUUUGACAAGCGGUCCUCUAUAUAUUCUGACAGGCAGCAUUCCGUAAUGUUACACGACUUCCUUGGCUGGGGAAAAGCUUUUGCUUUCUUAGGCUAUAACGACGAUUGGCGAGAACACCGUCGUCUCUUCCAUCAGCAGUUCCAGGGACAAGCGAUCCAGGAGUAUCAGCAUAAGAUGGUAAAGGAAGCCAGAAAACUUACCGCCGGCCUCUUGACGACCGACGAGUUCACGAAGAACCUUCGCCUGAUGUCGGCGGCGACUAUACUAGGCGUCACGUAUGGGAUGGACAUCCGAGACAACAGCGACCCAUACGUAGUCCUUGCCAAGAAGGCCAUGCAUUCGAUAGUACGCGCUACCACCCCAGGGUCGUAUAUGGUCGAAUACGUCCCAUUCAUGCGAUACAUACCGUCUUGGGCUCCGGGGGGCAAGUUCAAGCUGGAAGCAGCGGAGUGGCGUGAGGCCGUAUCUGCUCUGUUUACGAAGCCUCUCGAACAUAUCAAGAAAGAAAUGGUGCAAGGAACCGCGGCGCCUUCCAUCGCCGUGAGCCUUCUAGCUUCGCUGGAAGAAAACAGCGAAAACUCAGAAUCCGAACGCCUCAUCCGCAAUGUCACGGGAAUGGCGUACAUUGGGGGAUCUGAUACCACAGUGUCUGUCCUUGGGACCUUCGUACUUGCCAUGGUAUUGAACCCCUCCGUACAGGCGGCAGCUCAUGAACAGAUUGACCGUGUUGUGGGAAACGACAGUCUUCCAGACUACACAUAUCGCGAACUCUUGCCCUAUGUUACCGCGAUCUUGCACGAAACUCUGAGGUGGCGUCCAGCAGGUCCAUUAGGGAUACCACAUCAAGUAUCCGCAGACGACGAAUAUAACGGUUUCCACAUCCCAGCAGGUGCUGUCGUGGUUGGCAACGUAUGGGCGAUCUUCCACGACCCAGUCCGCUUCCCGAACCCGGACACCUUCGACCCCACUCGCUGGCUCACAUCGGACGGGCAGCUCAGUGAGGACGUGUCGGACGUCAUGGCUACGUUUGGCUCCGGCAGGCGCAUCUGUCCCGGGAGGCACUUCGCCAUGGAGUCUAUCUGGAUCGCUAUGGUGCACAUUCUCGCGAUGUACGACAUCGAGAAGCUGGUGGACGAUACUGGAAAAGUUGUCGAACCGAGUGGAGAAUAUACCUCUGGGCUCGUUGUGUACCCUGUUCCGUUCAAGGUAAUCUUCAAGCCUCGGUCUGCAGCUGCGCUCAGCCUCAUCCAGUCCAUGGCGCUCGAUGACUAAUACGCUGUUGUGCGAAACAAAGCAUAGGCUAUGUUAUUCUUCG